CCCAGGCUGGUCUUAAACUUCUGGACUCAAGUGAUCCUCCUGCCUCAGCUUCCCAAAAUACUGCCAUUAUAGGCAAGAGACACCACACCUGGCCAAAAAAUAAUUCUGAAACAGCAAGGAGGAAGGUGGUUUCUUCUCAGGAAUUCUAGAUUUUAGUUGAGCAUGUAAAGGGAUCGGUUGACUUACUAACCACUUAGGAUUGCACAGUAAGAGAAUUUAGUUAAAGGGUAGCCAGCACAGGAGUGGGCCUGGGAAGAGGAAGGGCAGUUUGUGUUAAUGUGCAUGGGUCCAAGACAAAAAUGUUGGGUAACAGAGUUUUGCCGAAUGCAUUGUUGCUAAAAGGGAUGAAGGGCAUCAGGAUCUACAGGAGAUGGAAAAAGUAGUGACUGGAUAGUACUGGGAAAAACUAGAAUCGGAUCAAGGCACUGGAAGGCAAAAUACUGGGUAGAAUGUUUGCUGCUAUUUCAGUUUCUGUAUAAAUACCGAGUACAACGUUUCCCUUGGGUGGUGAAGGUGCUAUGGCUGUGACGACUCCUGAGAGUGAGUUUUCUAGUAAAAAAAAAAUCUCCGAAUGCACAGAAUAGUCUCAGGCCUUCUCAAAUUUGCAAAGAACAGGUCCACAAGACCUAAAUUGCAGUAGUGUAACCUGAUAAUUAACAUUUUUUGCUUUCCUGCUAGAACAUUCCUGGGGCCCAAGUCCAGAGACUGGGAACUGAACCACGCAUUUCCUUUAGAUUGUACAAGUUGUGAAGGUUGAUGUUACUAGCUUGGUUACUAUUUGGAGUCUUAGCUCAUAGUGUGUCUUUAUGGCUUUCUGCCUCACUGGACCCUCUUCCCAAAAGGCUUUAGAAUGUGUUCACCAUCAUGAGCUGACCAACAAUUUCUAAAUUCCUGCUCAGAAACACAGCAAGGGGAAUGCAGUCAAGCACAAAGGGCUUAAAUGACCAGAACUGUUUUAAUCAUGGACAAACAAAACACACAGAUGAAUGCUUCUCACCCGGAAACAAACUUGCCAGCUGGGUAUCCUCCUCAGUAUCCACCAACAGCAUUCCAAGGACCUUCAGGAUAUAAUGGCUACCCUGGGCCCCAGGUUGGCUACCCACCCCCACCAGCUGGCCAUUCAGGUCCUGGCCCAGCUGGCUUUCCUGUCCCAAAUCAGCCAGUAUAUAAUCAGCCAGGUGGAGCUGCAGGGAUACCAUGGAUGCCAGCACCACCGCCUCCAUUAAACUGUCCACCUGGAUUAGAAUAUUUAAGUCAGAUAGAUCAGAUACUGAUUCAUCAGCAGAUUGAACUUCUGGAAGUUUUAACAGGUUUUGAAACUAAUAACAAAUAUGAAAUUAAGAACAGCUUUGGACAGAGGGUUUACUUUGCAGCAGAAGAUACUGAUUGCUGUACCCGAAAUUGCUGUGGGCCAUCUAGACCUUUUACCCUGAGGAUUAUUGAUAAUAUGGGUCGAGAAGUCAUAACUCUGGAGAGACCACUAAGAUGUAACAGCUGCUGUUGUCCCUGCUGCCUUCAGGAGAUAGAAAUCCAAGCUCCUCCUGGUGUACCAGUAGGUUAUGUUAUUCAGACCUGGCACCCAUGUCUACCAAAGUUUACAAUUCAAAAUGAGAAAAGAGAGGAUGUACUAAAAAUAAGUGGUCCAUGUGUUGUGUGCAGCUGUUGUGGAGAUGUUGAUUUUGAGAUUAAAUCUCUUGAUGAACAGUGUGUGGUUGGCAAAAUUUCCAAGCACUGGACUGGAAUUUUGAAAGAGGCAUUUACAGACGCUGAUAACUUUGGAAUCCAGUUCCCUUUAGACCUUGAUGUUAAAAUGAAAGCUGUAAUGAUGGGUGCCUGUUUCCUCAUUGAUUUCAUGUUUUUUGAAAGCACUGGCAGCCAGGAACAAAAAUCAGGAGUGUGGUAGUGGAUUAGUGAAAGUCUCCUCAGGAAAUCUGAAGUCCGUAAAUUGAUUGAGACUAUCUAAACUCAUACCUGUGUGAAUUAAGCUGUAAUGCCUGUAGCUCUGGUUGUAUACUUUUGCUUUUCAAAUUAUAGUUUAUCUUCUGUAUAACUGAUUUAUAAAGGUUUUUGUACAUUUUUUAAUACUCAUUGUGAAUUUGAGAAAAAGGACAUCUGAGUUUUUGCAUUUAUUAAUGAAACUUCCUAUAAAAAACUGCUUUGAAUUAUGAUCUCUGAUCCACUGUCCAUUUUACUACCGAAUAUUAACUAAGGCCUUAUUAAUUUUUAUAUAAAUUAUAUUUUAAAUCUAGUUACAAUUUAUUUCAUGCAUAAUAGCUAAUGUUAUUUUGCAAAUGCCAUAUAUUCAAAAAAGUUCAAAGAUAAUUUUCUUUACUGUUAUGUUCAAAUAAUGUUCAAUAUGUAUAUUAUCUUUAAAAAGUUAAAUGUAUUUUUUAAUCUUCAAGAAAUCAUGCUACACUUAACUUCUCCUAGAAGCUAAGCUGUACCAUAAAUGACACAUUCAUGUUCACAAGAUAUUAAAUUACCAAUUUUUAAAUUAUUGUUAAAUAAAGAACAAAAUAAAGAACAAAAUGAUUCUUGUCCAAAGAAAGGCACAUUUUAAACACUCCUUCACUCUAAAACUUGUACUAUUAUAAAUUUUGAAAGUUAAUAUUUAUAUAUGAAAUGUAUAGCUUUUAUACUCUAUCCUUUCUAGAAAAUGGUAAUUGAGAUUACUCAGAUGUUAAUUAAAUAUAAUAUUAUAUAUAUAUAUUCACAGAGAAUAAACCUAAAUAAUGAUCUAUUAGAUUCAAAUAUUUGAAAUAAAAACUUGACUUUUUUUGU